UAAUCGUGUUUAACUGUUUACAAUCGAGUCAUUUUAAUUUGGAAACUGUCCGUGUACAUAAAUGCUAUUUAUUCCACUGAUGUUGUAAAUUCAUCACCAACUCACAUGGAUAGUUCGCUGUUAUAAGAGUGCAAUUCCUAAAUCUAUAUCAGUCAUGUGUAUUUCUAUAGAAAGCACACUAGCGUCCAUACAUCCGGUUUUCUAUUCUGUCGUUUCAGCAACGUGUAUCUUGUUGGAGAUUGCAUGUCCACAUCCUCUGGGCUCUAUGUUUACAGUUGUUCAUGUGUUAAUACAGGUCACAUGACUGGGUUGGGUUAAACUUGAUAGGACUAUAAUUUUGACUAUAAACAGAUCAAGGAUUUCCAGUUCCGCGUAAAGGCGCACGAUGUGGGCCCUCCGCAGAUUCCCCAAUAGAAAUCUGGUAUUUUUUAGUCAUUACAUUUUCCGUAAAUGUCUACAUUUUAUUUGCAAUCGAGUCUGUCAGAAGUGCUCUUCGUUCCACUGAUAUGUGGCCAUUUCAGAAGCACUAUCAUGGACAGAGUUGCUUUGCGAAGAGGGUGAAUUUCAAAUGGUUGCUUGUUGUCUACCACAGUAGUCUAGUUUCACGCAACGUGCUUUUCGUUAUACAUUCUUUGCCCACAUCCCCCUGACAUAUUGGUUUACAUUUGUCAUCAUACAUUGGCCUAUAUGUGUGGAUUUCACCUAAUAGUAUUCUGUAUUCUACCCUUCGGAUACUCAAACCUUCUCAUUGUCACGAUCGUCGUAAGGAUGAGACCAAGGCGCAGCGUGGGUAGAGUUCCACAUAUUUUUAAUAAAUCAAAACUCACCAAAACAAAACAAAAAAAUAAAGAACAAACGAAACGUGACGCUACUGGUAUGCACUCAGGCAACUCAAUGUAGACAAGAUCCCACAACACAAACGAGUAAAAUGGCUACCUAAAUAUGAUCCCCAAUCAGAGACAAGGAUAAACAGCUGUCUCUGAUUGGGAACCAUAUCAGGCCAACAUAGACAUACAAAACCCCUAGACAUACAACACCCAUAGACAUACAAAAAUCCUAGACAUACAAAAACCCUAGACAUACAAAACUAGCGUACCCACCCUAGUCACACCCUGACCUAACCAAAAUAUAUAGAAAAACAGAGAUAUCUAAGGUCACGGCGUGACACUCAUAUACAAUAUGUUGCGGUGCGUUUAUUGUUUUAAGGCAAUCUGUAGUUCAGUGGAUUGAACUCAGAGGGACGCUGUUGGUUAGUGUGUUGCAGUUUUAGAGCAGAUUUGCAGCAGUACUUCCCCCAUCAUCUCGAUAUAUUAAGAGAAAGAGAGAGCCGCACGCAGAGCGCACGGUCCGGUUACAGAGAACACUGAGCAAGGAGACUACGAUCUUGGAUUCUUUUGUUCCAGUGAGACGGAUUAUUGGCAGAGAAUUGUGUUAUUUUCUGAACUUACUUUUAACGGAAUACUGCAAAUUGUCUAACGGAUUAUAUGGUGUUUAUGGUUUAAUUGUGAAAAGGAUAUGUCGAACAGAACAAUGAUACGGCAAGUACUGUUGUUUAUCUCGGUCCUCUCUCUCAGUUCAGUGAACGGGCAGGUCAGUUACUCCAUUCCUGAGGAAAUGGCGAAAGGCUCUUUAGUCGGUAACAUAGCGCAGGAUUUGGGUUUGGAUAUAAAACGACUGAAAUCAGGUAAAGCUCAUAUUUAUACUGGAGACAGCGCAGAAUACAUCGAGCUGAAUAAAGAAAGGGGAGUGCUCUUUAUCAAGGAAAGAAUAGACCGUGAAGCGUUGUGUGGAGAGACGACGCCAUGCGCUUUACACCAUCAAAUUAUACUUGAAAACCCAUUGGAAUUUUACAGCAUAACGAUUGAGAUCACAGACAUCAAUGAUAAUUCACCGGGUUUCAAAAAGAAUGAAAUGAAAUUCGAAAUAAGUGAGUCAUCACAGCCAGGAGCUAGGUUCGUUUUGGAUAGAGCAGUUGAUAAUGACGUUGGUGUGAAUGACCUGCAGAGCUACACCCUAAAACCAACCGAUAAUUUCAUAUUAAAAUCACACAUUUUACCUGACGGGAGUAAAAAUGUGGAAAUGGUUUUGCAGACGCCUCUAGACCGAGAGAAACAGGAGCAGAUAUCGCUGAUUUUAACAGCAGUAGAUGGAGGAGAGCCUCAGCUAUCAGGAACAAUGCGGAUAAUCAUCACUGUACUAGACGCCAAUGAUAAUGCACCUGUCUGUUCCCAAGCCGUUUACAAGGCUAGUGUAACAGAGAACGCGCCUAAAGGCACCAUUGUAGCUACAGUAAGCGCGACUGAUGCUGAUCAAGAUUCAUACGGAAAAGUGACAUAUUCCAUAUCAAACAUCGUCGAAGGCGGUGCUGAAUUAUUUGAAGUUGAUAAUGAUGACGGUGUAGUGAGUCUAUUAGGAAAUAUUGAUUACGAAAGAAUGAAAAAAUAUCAAAUUGACAUUCAAGCUAGAGACGCGGGAGGACUCAUAGAUUCUUGCAAAGUAAUCGUCGAUGUUUCUGAUUUAAAUGAUAACAAACCAAUCAUUAAUAUAAUGUCUAAGACAAAUGCAAUAUUAGAAGAUUCUGUGUCUGGCACAGUUGUAACAAUUAUCAAUGUUCAAGACUCAGACUCGGGUGAUAAUGGUAAAGUAGAGUGCUCCAUAAAUGAAAACAUUCCAUUUACUAUUAAAUCUACAUCAAAUGGUUUUUACAGUCUAGUAACUGACAGUGACUUGGACCGAGAGAGAGACUCUGAGUAUAACAUCAGUGUGACGUGCUCUGAUGAGGGCGUGCCCUCGCUCUCCAGCAGCGUCACUCUCACCUUACAGAUAUCAGAUGUGAAUGACAACGCGCCUGUCUUUGAGAGGAGCUCAUAUGAGGCCUACAUUAUAGAGAAUAACACACCGGGCCUCUCUAUAUUCACAGUGAAAGCCAGAGACGAUGACUGGAACCAGAAUGCCCGUGUUUCUUACGUACUGGAGGACUCCUCGGUUAACGGAGUGCCCGUCUCCUCAUAUGUGUCCGUUAGUGCUGAUAGUGGAGUCAUCCAUGCAGUGCGCUCUUUUGACUACGAGCAGAUCAAGGAUUUCCAGUUCCGCGUAAAAGCGCAGGAUGGAGGCUCCCCUCCACUCAGUAGCAAUGUGACUGUGAAAAUAAUGAUCCAGGACCAGAACGACAACGCGCCUCAGGUUCUGUACCCAGUCCAGACUAGCAGCUCUCUGGUGGCUGAAAUGGUGCCCCGUUCAGCAGAUGUUGGCUAUCUUGUUACUAAAGUUGUGGCUGUUGAUGUGGACUCUGGACAGAAUGCCUGGCUCUCGUAUAAACUGCAGAAAACGACAGACAGAGCGCUGUUUGAAGUGGGCUUACAGAAUGGAGAAAUAAGAACUAUACGCCAAGUCAAUGAUAAAGAUGCUGUGAAACAAAGGCUCACUGUUGUAGUGGAGGACAACGGGCAGCCCUCUCGUUCAGCUACAGUCAAUGUUAACGUGGCGGUGGCGGACAGCUUCCCUGAAGUGCUCUCGGAGUUCACUGACUUUACGCACGACAAGGAGUACAAUGACAACCUGACUUUUUACUUAGUCUUGGCUUUGGCUGUAGUCUCAUUUCUGUUCAUCACGUGUUUAGUGGUUAUUAUAUCAGUGAAAAUAUACAGAUGGAGACAGUCUCGCAUCCUCUAUCAUUCCAACCUCCCGGUUAUUCCGUAUUAUCCACCGCGUUACGCAGACACUUUGGGGACAGGAACUCUACAGCACGUGUACAAUUACGAGGUGUGCAGGACGACUGACUCCAGAAAGAGUGACUGUCAGUUCGCCAGACCCUGUAGUCAGAACGUACUGAUAAUGGACCCCAGUUCUACAGGGACGAUACAGCGGAUACAGAACGAAAAGAACAUCCUGGAUGAACCAGACUCCCCACUAGAGCAAAAGCCUCCUAACGCCGACUGGCGCUUCACCCAAGGACAGAGACCUGGACCCAGUGGGGCUGGAGGUCCCCCUGAGAUGGCCAUGGGAACAGGACCCUGGCCCAACCCCCCCACUGAGGCCGAGCAGCUCCAAGCCCUGAUGGCCGCAGCCAACGAAGUGAGCGAGGCGACCGCAACCCUGGGGCCGGGCACCAUGGGACUAAGCACCCGUUACAGCCCCCAGUUCACCCUGCAGCACGUGCCGGACUACCGGCAGAACGUCUACAUCCCUGGCAGCACCGCCACCUUGACCUCCAACCCCCAGCAGCAGCAGCAGCAGCAGAUGCUGAUGCAGCAGCAGAUGGCAGCCCAACAUCAGGCCCUGCAGGCCCAGCCCUCCGAGGCCUCGGCUCAGCCUGAACCCCCCAAGGCUGCCCAGACCCCCGCCUCCAAGAAGAAGUCCACCAAGAAGGAGAAGAAGUAGGAUGGGUGGAGGAUGGAUAGAUAUGGAAAAUACGAUGAGAAAAGAGAAAACCGACCCGAUGAGAACUGAAAUCGUCCCCCCCCCCCCUCUCUACCGCCCCAUCCCCUACACCUCCUCUCAAUGCGUUUACUCUAACCAGGGUCUGGAUUCUAUUGGUCACGCUCAUAUGAUAACAGGAAAUGUGGAGAUGUUUGCGAAUGUUUGUCUUUGGGCUCUGGAAUGGGUUGAAGGUUUAAGAGCGAACAGCGUUAACAUUUUGUUUUUUGUUUUUGUUUUCUUUCUGAAAGCUAUCUAGAAACAGUUGUUUUUUUGGAAAGCCUGUGUUCUUAAAAAAAAAAAAAGUAUUAAUACUAUUUGCAGAUACGGAAGACAUGCGGGUUCAGGGGGGAUUGUGUUUUGGUUAAAUCAAUGAAUUUGAAUUCACUUCAGACACAACAGUUUGAGUGUAAGCAACUUUGCUUGGAUAACAAGGCUUUGGCCAGUGACGUAUUCACAGGUGGAUAUUUUAACGAUGUUCCAUAAGAUGUUUCAUGUUGGAUUAUAAUUAUAAUUCCUUAUUUUCCUGAGAUGGAAAGUAGAUCCUUGCUGACUAUACUAGAUUGCCAUGAUAAGAUUCCUAUAUAGGAUCAGCCUUAUAGGAUCCUACACCACAGCUCUUUGGGACACGGGAACGGGUAUUCCAUUGCACUGGUACAGUAGUAUUCCACUCUGCAUGUCCCUAUGUGUUCAAACCACAGACCUUCUAGAAUAUUCAACUAUGCAUUGAAUUAGUGUUGCAACGAGGACGACCACCUUAAAAAAAAUACAGGUCGACGAAUGCCCUCGUAGCAUUUACCUGACGUGGUAGCUAAAAAUGAUAAAUAUUAUUUUGUAAGCAUAGUUAAAUGGUAAGAUUUCAAUCUUUCACUGUUUUUAUGACCUGAGCAUGAACCCUAUUAGAAAACUAGCACUGAGGGGGAAGGGCAUGUUAUAGUACUAUCAGCCCUAUUUGCUGGCUUGGUGGCAUAGUAGGCGCUGCCCCCUUUUAAAACGACCCAGAUGGGUAUAGAGACCCUCCUGCUGUCCACCCAUGCACCUCUAUCCCCUCCUCAACCAGAUGAUGUGCCCUCCCCUCACUGGCUGUCCCACUUUGAGAGCCAGACCAUAGAGAUGCACUGUUCAUACUAUAAAGAUGAGACGCAGGGUAACAAAAAUAACUUCAAAGUAGAGAUCUUUAACGGCGUGCUUAGGAGUUAGUCACUUCUUAGGCCGCUAGAGUCUAGAUUGAGCGUUCAUCCCUUGCUACGUACCCUGAAGUGCUGAUGACUAUAUUUCUUGAUGUGGGAAGUGUUUUUUUGAUGACUCAGUAGUAUAAGAUAAGUAUGAAGUCUUUUCUUUGCCGUCAGUCCGUCCGUCUGUCCGGCAACUAGCUGGACACCACUGCAUGAAGAGGCAGCUUGCAGGCUGGGUUCAAGGGGGAGUGGAGAGGGGUGGGCUGAGGGGUACGACGUCUGGGUUGGUACAAUUAGAUUGACGGGGAGGGGGGAAAUGACCUUGGCCCUACUCACUGAAUGUACACAGGCACCACUGUUGACCCUCCCUCCUAGUCCACCCCUAAACGUCCUCUAAUGCACUGACCCAGGUUAGAGGUCAACAGAGACAAGCACAUCCCUCCAUGUCACAGAGGAGAUACCACUUCAGAAGCAGGGAGGGUGGACAGAGUUAGCUCCUCGCUGUACCUAUCCCGUCAGUGUAAAUCCCUUCUGGCAACGCUAACCUCAGACUCUCCCCUUGCUUCCAUCCCUCCACCCCUUGGUCCUGUGAAGGCUCUCCCCCUCUGUAAAUAAACACUAGUCCUGUCGAUGGUAUGAGCCAAUUGUUUGUAUAGUACGGACCACAUCCAGAAUUUUCAAACUAAAAGUCCCUUCUCCUCAAGGCGUGGCUUACUGGAAUGUGUUGUAUUUGUUUUUCAAGAAAAAUAAGAAAACCACAGCGGGAGAAAAAAAAACGAUCUCUGAAAUGUUCUUCAACAGUUUUUGUUGCAAUGUAGUAACUAAGCACCACGAAGGCCAACUAACUAACUCUUCAGUGUAAAUAUAAAGAAAGUUGCUAAUAACUUUAGACGAUAAGUAAACAGAGUGACACACACGUAGACUAGUUAACUUGUGAUAUGUGUUGCGCAUAUUAUUGUGUUCAUUUUCUCUAUCUCUAUUUUACUACCCUGUAAAGAAACGAAACAAAAAAAUGAUAUUGAAAAAAUGUUUCUAUCCUUCUGUAACCUUUUUCUGUGCUUUAUAUUUCUUGUGCAUUUGCGCAAGAAUGCCUCUCUGUCCAUAUGAGCAAAUUAUUAUAAAUAUUAUAUAUGUGUGUACGUCCGUCCGCUGCUGAAUUAAUCCUCUCUCGUGCUGUAAUAUCUUUCUUAUGAAAUGCUUAGAUCUCCUACGCUCCUCCCGGUGUUAAUCUCUUCAUUUUUAUGCUAAUAUUUAUAUUGCUGUUUUAUUUUCUCUUGAACACUGACAUUUCAAAUAAAAGGCUCUGAAAUCAUUAAA